AUGACGAAAGGUCAGUCGUCGUCGGCGGCGGGAGUGACUGUCCCUGGGCAUGUCAACUCGGCCAUCACCUCCUCUUCUUCUUCCCCGAAAGACGUUGCUACAUUAUCAGAUGGCCAAGCGACGAACACGGAGCGUCGCAUGACAUUCUCAGAAACACAAAAGGACACCCGCGUCCUUCUUCGCAUCAUCGUCGUCAUCAUCUUGGUCAACAGAUGCCUCCCGAGGGGAGCUGUACGUAACUUAACCACUCCUCCUCCUCCUCCUCUCUCCCCCUCCAUCCUCCAUCCUCCCUCCUCCUCCUCCUCGGAAAGGAUGCACAUCAUCAGCAGUACCAGCACUAUAUGGUGGCUAUCGCCACCAUCAACGUUAUCAUCAUCAUCAUCAUCAUCACUAUCAUUUACUACCACCACCCUCUCCUUCUUUUACGUUCUGCCUUCCUUCCUCGAUUACGCGGGCCGAAAAGCAGCAGCAGCAGCAGCAACCAUGAGUAUAGUACCAGAAAGAGGCGACCGCAAACCGACCGCAAAACGCGCCACAAAGAACCGCAAGUACUACUUGCUCCUCCCCCUCAUCGUCCUCCUCAUCCACGUAUUUAGGGGAAGUUCCUCCUCCUCCUCCUCCUUCACCUCAACCUCCUACUCUUCCUUACCCUCUUCCUCCGAUUCCUCCUCCUCCACCUCUACCUCCUCCUUCUCCGCCUCAACCUAUUCCUCCUCAUCCACCUCAACCUCCUCCUCCUCCUCCUCCUUCUCCUCCUCAACCUCCUCCUCCUCCUCCUCGUCUUCUUCGUCUUCUUUUUCUCCUCUUUCUUUUUCCUCUCCUUCAUCUUCGUCUUCUUCUCCUCUUUCUUUUUCCUCUCUUCUUUCUUUUUCCUCUCUUUCUUCUUCGUCUUCUUCUCCUCCUCUUUCUUUUUCCUCUCCUUCAUCUUCGUCUUCUUCUCCUCUUUCUUUUUCCUCUCUUCUUUCUUUUUCCUCUCUUUCUUCUUCGUCUUCUUCUUCUCCUCUUUCUUCGUCUUCUUCGUCUUCUUUUUCUCCUCUUUCUUUUUCCUCUCCUUCAUCUUCUUCUUCUCCUCUUUCUUUUUCCUCUCUUCUUUCUUUUUCCUCUCUUUCUUCUUCGUCUUCUUCUUCUCCUCUUUCUUUUUCCUCACCUUCUUCUUCGUCUUCU